GAAUAUCGAAAGACAGUGCAAUUAUCGCGUAUCGUUCGAAGAAAGUAAAUAGGAAAUAAAAAAUAUUGAUUAGUUUGUUUUAUUUGUUUGCACGAUUAAAAGCUCCUCGAGUGUGUGUGCACUGCGAUAAGAUACGACCGUUUCGAAAUCAGAUCCGAUGAUUAACGUAAUCCGUGCGUGCCAACGCUGCACUUGCGUGCAUUCGUAUGGUGCACGAAUUCACCGUCAGGGGACGGUAGCGGCGAUUUUAACAGGCGCUUUAAAUUUCACGCGACGCGUCUUUGUAAACACGCGUCCUUUUCUGUCGGCGGAGACAGCUACUCGGAACGUUUCUUUAAACCUAUUUUCGACUGUUUGCUGUCCCGUUUCCUGUCGGUUGCCUCUCUCAUUCGCGAGUGGUCGUGCGUCCUUAAAGGAACACACCACUUUUAGAGUGUCAUACGGAACUGGUAUUUCACUUGGAGAAAAUGAAAUGUUCGGUUGUCAGUUAGGCUUAAUUCUAUUGUAAUGGGCUUUCUACGAAGCUCGGUGCGUACAUCGUCCGAUGCAUAAUCGUGUUAGAUUGUUCUGCGAACAAUAUUGUCCGGAAUCGUUUUUGUUCGUGUUCGAAAAUGUAAUUCUUGUUUUCGCGCGGUGCAUAAAUGUCAUUUUCACAUUUUCUAAAAUGUACUUAUUGGGGAUGAAUGGACAAGUGCAGCCCUCCAGGGAGAGGUUAGGGGGUUUUAGUAACAGUACAAUAGGAUUGUUAUCUGGAAUGAUUGCUACAGACCGUGUCCCAAACAUACAACUAGCAGCCACAAACAAUGAGUUACCCGUGGACGAUUUCAGUGUUGCAACAGAGGUUGACAGCAAAGUGAAAACAAAAUUAUUGUCUAUGUGGAAUAACGUCAAAUAUGGCUGGAUCAUUAAGAUGGCAAAACCAAACUUCUCAAAAGAAUCUCCAGUAUGCUUGCUUGGCAAAAUUUAUCGUAAGAAGCCAGAAGAAUUUUUAGAAAAGGCUUCAGAAGCAGAGAAAGCAAUAGACACGGGAAGCGAGAUAUCUCUGGCUAUGGAUGCUAUCAGUUUUGAAGAUGGUAUAGAGGAAUUUAAGAAAGACUUUACGUCCCGUCUAUGGUUGACAUACAGGAGAGAGUUUCCUAUUUUAAAUGGAUCUACAUUCAGCACAGACUGCGGUUGGGGUUGUAUGCUACGCAGCGGCCAGAUGAUGUUGGCACAAGCGCUGGUCUGCCAUUUUCUCGGGCGAGAAUGGCAGUGGCAUCCAGAUCAACUGAUACAAACAGAACAACAAAAAUUAGACGAAUUUAAUCACAGACAAAUUAUAAAAUCGUUUGGAGACUUACCUGAACGCAUAUCACCGUUUUCCAUACAUGCGCUCGUAUCCCUGGGUGCACUGUCGGGAAAACGUGCAGGAGAUUGGUAUGGACCCUCCUCUGUUGCUCAUCUCUUAUGCCAAGCAGUAGAACAUGCAGCAGAACAUCAUUCAGUAUUCAGUAACUUAGCUGUUUAUGUUGCUCAAGAUUGUGCAGUUUAUCUGCAAGAUGUAGAAAAUGUGUGUCAGAUGCCUGAUGGCAAAUGGAAAUCUCUAAUACUUUUUGUACCUUUAAGACUUGGUGCUGACAAGUUAAAUCCAGUCUAUACGUCUUGUUUAACACACUUAUUAACGUUAGAUACCUGUAUUGGAGUUAUUGGCGGUCGACCUAGGCAUUCGCUUUAUUUCAUUGGUUUCCAGGAAGAUAAAUUAAUCAAUCUAGAUCCGCACUAUUGCCAGGAAACGGUCGACGUAUCAAAAGACAAUUUUCCCUUGACGAGUUUUCAUUGUACCUCGCCAAGGAAAAUGUUGAUAUCGAAAAUGGAUCCUAGUUGUUGCGUAGGAUUUUAUUUUCAUAACAAAAUACAUUUCACAAAUUUUAUGGAGAUUGCUCCCUCCUAUUUGGUGCCAGAAGAUGAAAAAGUCGACUAUCCGAUGUUUUUAUUCUGCGAAGGCAGCAGAAAUGAUCUCCAUCAAAAAUUCGACAUUGCAGAAAACAUAAUUCCUACUACUACCUCUUUUACAGGUAACGAGACAUACGAUGAUGAUCUUGACGAGUGCGAAGAAUUUGAACUGCUUCAGUGAAAUGUUUGUCAC